GCAGCCCACCUGCAGGGCGGCUACACCCAGUUCUGCGGCUACUUCCGAGUCGACCCCGCCACCAUGCGCAUAGGCACGCAGCGCGCCCCCGACCGCGUGCGGCCCGGCCUGCAGCGGUGGCGCGACGCCGGGCUCGCGGUGUCGGCGGUACCGAUGCCCUAUGACCCGUCUGACGACGCUGAUGGCCCGGCGGCGCAGGCGGCGCGGAUGGAGGCGAUGCAGCGGCUGCAGCGAGGGGAGGCGCCGGCGCCGCGGCGCCAACAGUAG